AUGAAUUCUGUCACGAAACACUUUGAACACCUCAAGAUACCACUAGAAGAUAUAAAAUCAGCAACGAAUAAUUUCGCCGAUAGCAAUUGCAUCGGACAAGGUGGAUUUGGGAAGGUGUACAAAGGGCAACUCCUCCUUUCUGGAGGGAAUAACGUGGUUGCUAUAAAGCGUUUAGAUCGUGCAUUUGGGCAAGGAAAUCCAGAGUUUUGGAAAGAGAUUACUAUGCUUUCCAUUUAUAAGCAUAAAAAUAUUGUAUCCCUUCUCGGAUUUUGUGAUGAAAAUGACGAGAAGAUACUUGUAUAUGAGUAUGCAUCUAAAACCAGCUUGGACAAGUAUCUGAAUAGCAAUGAUCUAACGUGGGUUCAACGCCUUAAGAUAUGCAUUGAUGCAGCUCGUGGGCUAGCGUACUUUCAUAAUCCGGGCGGUUCUCAACAAAGAGUAUUACACCGUGAUAUUAAAAGUUCUAAUAUCCUACUAGAUGACAACUGGAACGCUAGGAUCUCAGAUUUAGGUUUGUCCAAAUUUGGUCCCGCUGAUCAAAAAUACACUUUUCUUCUUUCCAUCCCUGUGGGCACAAUAGGGUAUUGUGAUCCGUUAUAUGUGGAGACAGGGUUACUAACUAAAGAGUCGGAUGUUUACUCCUUUGGUGUGGUUUUGUUUGAAGUCUUGUGCGGUAGGUUGUGUGUUGACAUCAACAAUGAAAAACGUCAACCUUUCACAGGAUUGGUGCGAAAGUCCUACAAAAAGGAUAACAUAGAUGAAAUUAUAUAUGUUAAUAUAAAAAAGGAAAUAAAUCCUUAUUCUUUAAAGGAAUUUACGACGAUUGCUUAUCAAUGUUUGAAGAGAGACCGAGAAGAACGUCCAUUAAUGACCAAGGUCGUGGAAAUGCUUGAAAAUGCACUAAAAUAUCAAAUGCAGGGUCCAACAGAUAUGCAAGGUAUGCAGCAACAACAACAACAAUAUCCAUUCGCGCCUCUGAGAAAACAAUGA